AUACGCAAACAUGGGUGUUGGCCUCUCUCGCGUGCACGUAUAACUCUCGAGGCUUCGCACGUAUAGUAGGCGGCUGCUGCUCCAUUUCGACGUGCCGACUCUAAUUGAAGAAAUACCGGCGCGAGUUGACCGAUGAUCCCAGCUGUAAUUCCUCCGCUGUCGGCCUUCCGCGCGCGCGAUAUUUUCGCGAUUCGCGGAAUGUAUCGACGGCUGUGUGUGUGUGUAUGUGUGUGUAUGCUACUGAUGCACUGGCUUAAUUAUAGAUUCUGAUCCGAUGAUGCUCGUGGGCUCUUAAUAGAACCGAUAGCGUGUUGAGUCUUCGGCGGGAGAUUUUUACAAACGCCGUUGAAUUCUGAUAAUCCAUCCGUCACAUUAUAGAGAUGAGCUGCAAUCAUACAGAGUUGAGAGAUUCCGGGAACGUCGUGGAGCGUUUAAUUGAUAUAUAGGAGAGAAAAAAUUCAGCACCAAGUGGAUCUCUGCGUUAUAGUCACACACGAGAUGAGCUUGUCACAAAAUCUCGUCGCUCCGACAGGACGAUGAUAAUCAUCAUUAUGAGCAGACAUAUUGCACGGCUUGGAUCAUUCCUCGAAAUAGCAUAUUCGCGCGCGCGCGCGCGUCUAUAGCCUGCGCGGACACCUACUAGAGUACGAGAGUACUCUCUGCCAAGGCUCAUCCUAUUAUUUUUCAUUUCCUCCUAUUCAUCGACUCGGCUCAUACAUGUGUGCAGCGCCGUCGCGGAGAGUCGAUUAUCUAACGCUGUACUAUGCGGCGCGAUGCUUGUCAGCUGCUGCUGCGUCGACGUCUUCGGUGCAGCAAUUUGCAGCUAGCAAACGGCGCUUACCUAUAUACACAGAAAGGUCGGAACGUGACUCGUUUAUAACGCAUCUUUCAUUAUUUUUUUCUCUCGCUUUUCUCGUCGGCGUUCAUUGAUACACUUUGCUUGUUUUCGUCCGUACUUACUGCAGCCAUCGAGUCUCUCUUUUAAUCGUCGCAAGUGUCGGAAUGUGGUUUUGAUUCUGGAGCGUAUAUAAUAGCCGAGUCUUACAUAAGUAGAAAAAAAAAAUGUAGUUAUUGCGAUCUUAGAUAUAAUACGCACACGCGCACACAGACGAGCAGUCGUUAGUGUAUAAUCAUGAACCAAGAAUAAAACACAUACACUCGCACACACAUGGGUAUAUGGAUCUAUAUCAACUACGUUCAAUCUGCGUGAUGAUUAUUGCAACGAUACUGUGAGCUAGCUAUUAAGUAUUACAAUACAGGAAAUAACUGGUCGUAAAGACGAAAAUAAAAGAAAAAUUACAAUUAUCUAUUAAUUAAUCAGAAGAAGAGGUGGUGGUGGUGGUGGUGGUGGUACACACGUGAGCGAGCUUCGCAAUAAAAGGUAUACAAAAUGACGUGUUGCUCGACAAUAAUUGUACGGUAGACAGAUAGAGUCAACUACUGAGACAGACGAGUAGAUAAUAAUAAAUAAUGCGUGUACUUUGGAGCUAUAUAGGAAGUAGAUUUAAUCAUAUACCACUGAGGCUUCGAAAUGUUUUUCGUUUCUCAUUUUCGUAUUUAACAUUGAUCGAGUGACAUCGAAACUCUCGUACGUUUCGAUUUCACCGAGGACGAUAAUAAAAUUUUGGGUGACAACACACACAUAAUGUACACAGGUGGAAUUGAAAUCAUAUAUAAGAGACACACAUAUAUAAAAUAUACAAAAGUCGAAGAAUAACAAAAGAGAAAAUAUAAUAUGGCAAUAACGUGAUACGUGUGAAAAAAUAUAAGGUGAACGAAAAAUUAGAAGAAGAAGAAGAAGAAGUGAACGAGACAGAGUGACAGAGACAACUUACGAGUGUAGGUCAUUUGGCCCUGGUAGUAGGAAGGGAGGUACACGUGUUGCGCGUGAGGCGGUUGCCCGUACACAUUCAUGGCCGCCAUGCCGAUUUCGUCGCCACCUAUGGCAUCGUACGUCACCCAGGAAGGCAAUGUUGGAUUUCAAUUGGAUCCCGAGCGUCGAGACGCUCAGUUUGGAGAAGGAAUUCGCGACUGGUUUAAAAACAUGAAGAACAAGCUGGGAUUUGGAAAUAAAGACACAUCUAAGCAAGUCGAACUACCGAAUCCGUUUGAUUUGAAUUCCAGUCCAAAUCUGAAACUUUAUCAGGCCAGUGAAUCACCAUCGGAUCGACUGGUGAUUCAGCCUGGAAACUUCUUUCUAGACUUAUCAAACGUGAAAUUCGACCCUGACCGGGACUGGGGAUUCCGCGUCAGCAAUUGGUACGUAAUACGCAAAGCCCCAACCACUGAACCGCCCUUCUAUACCAACAAACCUAUUGAAGAAUGGGCCAACUGGAACGAAUACUCAUCGAGUUCCGUGGAAGAUGUCAUCAAACUCGGUCCAAAAGAUCAAGUAAAGCCCAAACCUACCGAACCAUCCAGUUUUACAACUGGAACGAUUUUCCGGAGCACGAUACCGGAAAUGACGACACCUAGAACUACUUCCGCGUUGCCGGAAACGACGAUGAUGAGUAAGAAGAAGACGGCCAGUGCAGAGAAGAAAGAAUCGAGUGAAAAUUCUGUGGUAGUUAUGCCUGUGCAAGAUUUGAGCGUGGAAAUUCUGAGACCGACUGCUUGAGCUUUCGAUAGAACGAAGAAGGUUGUACGAGGGAAAAGUGGAGGCGAGCCAAGAUUUGAGAAAAGUGGGAGAAAUGAAGAUGAUGAAAUUUUUGCGAAUGUUUGUUAAACCUAAAUAAUGUUAUUGUAAUUAAUAAAUUCAUUUACAAAUUCGGUGUUCACGAAA